AGGCGGGCGCGGCUUGGAGAGCGUAGAUUUCCGCAUUUGAGUCGAGGCAGCAUGGUCGUCUACAACUUCAAGAAGAUCCAGACCGUCCCGCCGGCCAACGACUUUGUCGACAUCAUCCUCACGCGCACGCAGCGCAAGACGCCGACGGUCAUCCACCCGACGUAUGCGAUCUCGCGCAUCCGCGCGUUUUACAUGCGCAAGGUCAAGUUCACGCAGCAGACGUGCCAGGAGAAGCUGAGUCAGAUCAUUGACGACUUCCCGCGCCUCGACGACAUCCAUCCGUUCUACGCCGACCUUAUCAACAUCCUGUACGACAAGGAUCACUACAAGCUCGCGCUCGGCCAGAUCAACACGGCGCGUGCGCUCAUCGACAACAUCGCCAAGGACUAUGUGCGCAUGAUCAAGUACGGUGACACGCUCUACCGCUGCAAGCAGCUCAAGCGCGCGGCGCUCGGUCGUAUCUGCACGCUCCUCAAGAAGAACAAGUCGUCGCUCGACUACCUCGAGGAAGUCCGCAAGCAUCUCUCGCGCCUGCCGUCGAUCGACCCGAACACGCGCACGCUCCUUGUGACCGGCUUUCCCAACGUCGGCAAGUCGAGCUUCAUGAACAAGGUCACGCGCGCCGACGUCGACGUGCAGCCGUAUGCGUUUACGACCAAGGCGCUGUACGUCGGUCACAUGGACUACAAGUACCUCCGCUGGCAGGUCAUCGAUACGCCCGGUAUUCUGGACCACCCGCUUGAGGAGCGCAACACGAUCGAGAUGCAGGCCGUGACCGCGCUUGCGCAUCUCCAGGCGUCCGUGCUCUUCUUCAUGGACAUUUCCGAGCAGUGCGGGUUCACGAUCGAGCAGCAGCUGAGCUUGUUUGCCAACAUUCGCCCGCUCUUCGCCAACAAGCCGCUGCUCUUCGUCUGCAACAAGAUCGAUCAGAUGCCGUACAUGAACCUGCCCGAGCACCACCGUGGCAUGAUCGAGAGCGCGGUCUCGACGGCCAACGCCAAGAUGUUUUGCAUGUCCAACCACUCGGAAGAGAACGUCUCGGAUGUCAAGAACUACGCGUGCGACGAGCUCCUCAACCACCGUGUCUCGACCAAGGUCAAGGGCAAGAAGGUCGGCGACGUCCUGAACCGCCUCACGGUCGCGAUGCCCGUCGCGCGGGACAGUGUCGUCCGUGAGACGACGAUCCCGGCGUCCGUGCUCGCGGCCCGCGACGAGAGCGCGGCGCCCCGCAAGACGCAGAAGAUGAAGAUGAACGAGAACGGCGGCGCGGGCGUUUACUCGAUGGACUACUCGGAGCACUACGAAGGCAUGCUCAAGAACAACGAGUGGACCAAGGAUGUCAUGCCCGAGAUCUGGAACGGCAAGAACAUUGCCGACUUUAUCGACCCGGAUAUCCUCGCGCGCCUCGAGGAGCUCGAACGCGAGGAAGAGGCCGCCGACGCCGACGCCGAGAUGGACCAGGACGAAGACAUUGUGUCGGAUCUUGACGACGACGACAAGGACACGCUGCGCCGCAUCCGCGAGAAGAAGUCGGUCAUGGUCGCUGAGCACCGCCAAAACAAGAACAAGAACCGGUCCGCGGUGCCCCGCAAGUUUCAGCGCCGCACGAUCGACGGCUACAAGGAGAGCCUCGAGGCCCUCGGCGUCGAUGCGUCGCACGUCCACCAUGCGGAGAAGAAGGCCGCGAAGAAGGCCGUCGACGACGACGCGCGUGGCCGCAAGCGCACGCGCGACGAAGCCGGCAUGGAAGACGUCGACAUGGAAGGUGGCGACGAGAAGGACCACAGCAUGGGCCGCUCGUCCAAGUCGCGCGGCGCGAGCAAGUCCCGCGCGGGCUCGCGCGGCCGCUCGCAGAGCAUGGUGGCGCCCCGCGACGAGUCGGGCUUCCGCGACGAAGCCAUGGCCGAGAAGUCGAUGAAGCUCAUGAAGAAGCAGCAGCGCCAGAUGAACACGAUGGCGCGCGCCGGCGAAGCCGAUCGCCAUGCGACGCCCAAGCUCGCCAAGUGGCAAAACACGGGCAAGCGCGGCAACGGCUCGACCAACUCGAGAUAAACGACUGGCCGCUUGUAUGGUGUAUAGAAGAAGAAUUAAUAAACCGUUUAUUAUUGACAAAAACA